AUGCUCAGCCUUUUAUUUGGAUUGGUUUCCUGCCUGAUAGAAGAACUUCAUCCUAAAAACAACUAUGGAGUCUGGAGCUAUGUUCUAAGCGAGGCAAACACUGUUCACUUCAUACAAUCGGAAGCCAAAGAGCGUAUUGGUAGCUUCUUUCAGACCAUUAAUGAUAGAUCUAUGUACACUCGAGUGAAGGUUUACAAGGGAGAGCCAAACAAUCUGAAGGCGCUACUCUACCAGGACGAGAAAUCCUCUGAGAUGAAUACGUUUUUCUUUACUACACCCGAGAGAGAUUCAUACUACAUUCUUCUUGAAUUAGUUAUUGAAGAUGAAGACAAUGCCAAGAAGACCUUUGGCUUGGAUGUGAAGGUAUUUUCCGGAGAAGCCAAUAGACCAAGUAUAGUGUCUACGAACGAUGUUGAGGUUUCCCGGGCUGAGAAUCUCAUUGAACGUGUGCUUGAAUUUGUUAAGCAGAAUAUUGCUAUUCAGGGAAUGGAUGAGGAGGAUGAGUUGGUGUACAAAAGGUUAUAUGAAAAGAUAAUGAAGAAGGUGGUCUAUGUAUUGUUUUUAAAGAUUAUUGCGACAAUAUUUACAAUGUACUAUUCAAAUAAAAAGACAAAGAGCUUUUAUGCUUCACAAGGAUUAGGAUCUGAUAAAUAA